UUAAAGUCAAAUAAUAUGAAACUUGAUGAAGUAAUUGUGACAUUACAACUCGUGGGUGACAAAGAGCCAACAGAACUCAUAGGAGACUUGUCAGUUUGUCUUGAUGGACUACAAGUAGAUCCUGAGAUUCUAAAAGGCUAUGCCACAUGUCAGAAGGGCAGUUCACAGAGUGAUGAUUCCAGAACCAGGAAUGAUGCAAGAUCAAAUACAAAUGGACCGGAAAAUGCUGAAGAACCAGGAUCCAGUGAAAACAGGAAGGCCAAUGGCAAUAAUUCUCCAUCUCUCACAAAUGGAGGUUUUAAACCUUCUAGACCUCCAAGACCUUCACGGCCACCUCCUCCCAAUCCUCGUAGACCAGCAUCUGUCAAUGGUUCUCCAUCUGCACCUUCUGAAACUCCUGGAUCUAGUACAGAGUCAUCACCAUCAACAAAUAUGAAUGUAAUUCCUGAAGGAGCAACAGCUGGAGCAGCAGUUCCUACCACCGUGGCUUUGACAACACCUCCAACUUCUAGACAAGUACAGCCAGUAAAUUCUGCUUCUCAGCAACUCAGUACAGUUAAUCAAGGUCCCCUUCCACCUGGUUGGGAACAGAGAGUGGACCAGCAUGGACGAGUCUACUAUGUAGACCAUGUUGAAAAAAGAACAUCAUGGGAUAGACCUGAACCUCUUCCUCCUGGCUGGGAACGUCGAGUUGACAACAUGGGACGUGUUUAUUAUGUUGACCACUUCACAAGAACUACUACCUGGCAGCGGCCAACUUUGGAGUCAGUUAGAAACUAUGAGCAGUGGCAACUACAACGAAGUCAACUCCAGGGAGCAAUGCAGCAGUUUAACCAGAGAUUCAUUUAUGGGAAUCAAGAUUUGUUUACUUCAACUCAGAGUAAAGAAUUUGAUCCUCUUGGACCUUUGCCACCAGGAUGGGAGAAGAGAACAGACAACAAUGGCAGAGUAUAUUUUGUCAAUCACAACACACGUAUUACACAGUGGGAAGAUCCCAGAAAUCAGGGUCAGUUAAAUGAGAAGCCUUUGCCAGAAGGCUGGGAAAUGAGAUUUACAGUGGAUGGGGUUCCAUAUUUUGUGGAUCAUAAUAGGAGAACAACAACGUAUAUAGAUCCCCGAACUGGAAAAUCUGCUCUAGACAAUGGACCCCAAAUAGCAUAUGUUAGGGAUUUCAAGGCAAAAGUUCACUAUUUCCGUUUCUGGUGUCAGCAAUUGGCUAUGCCACAGCACAUCAAGAUUACAGUGACAAGAAAAACUUUGUUUGAAGAUUCAUUUCAGCAGAUAAUGAGUUUCAAUCCCCAGGAUCUUCGAAGACGUUUGUGGGUGAUUUUUCCAGGAGAAGAAGGUUUAGAUUAUGGAGGUGUGGCAAGAGAAUGGUUCUUUCUGUUGUCACAUGAAGUGCUGAAUCCAAUGUAUUGCCUGUUUGAAUAUGCAGGGAAAGAUAACUACUGCUUGCAGAUAAACCCAGCUUCUUAUAUCAAUCCGGAUCAUCUGAAAUACUUCCGUUUUAUUGGCAGGUUUAUUGCCAUGGCAUUAUUCCAUGGAAAAUUCAUAGAUACAGGCUUUUCUUUGCCAUUCUAUAAACGUAUCUUGAAUAAACCAGUUGGACUCAAGGAUUUAGAAUCUAUUGAUCCAGAAUUUUACAAUUCUCUCAUCUGGGUUAAAGAAAACAAUAUAGAAGAAUGUGGUUUAGAGAUGUACUUCUCAGUCGAUAAGGAAAUUCUUGGUGAAAUUAAGAGUCAUGAACUGAAACCCAAUGGCAGUAAUAUUCUAGUAACAGAAGAAAAUAAAGAAGAAUACAUUAGAAUGGUAGCUGAAUGGAGAUUAUCUCGAGGUGUUGAAGAGCAGACACAAGCUUUCUUUGAAGGCUUCAAUGAAAUUCUUCCCCAGCAGUACCUGCAAUACUUUGAUGCUAAGGAACUAGAGGUACUUUUGUGUGGAAUGCAAGAGAUUGAUUUAAAUGACUGGCAAAGACAUGCCAUCUACCGACAUUAUACUAGGACAAGCAAACAAAUCAUGUGGUUUUGGCAGUUUGUGAAAGAAAUUGACAAUGAGAAGAGAAUGAGACUACUGCAGUUUGUUACUGGAACAUGCAGGUUGCCAGUUGGGGGAUUUGCUGACCUCAUGGGGAGCAAUGGACCACAAAAGUUUUGCAUUGAAAAAGUUGGAAAAGAAAAUUGGUUACCUAGAAGUCAUACCUGUUUUAAUCGCUUGGAUCUACCGCCCUACAAGAGCUAUGAACAACUGAAGGAAAAACUCUUAUUUGCUAUUGAGGAAACGGAAGGAUUUGGACAAGAGUAACCUCUGAGAAUUUGCACCCCUGAAGGACAUGAAUUCAUUUGCAAUGUUUGUCCUUCACCUCUUCUGCUUGUUGCACAUCUUGUAAAUUGGACUCUGACUGUUUAAAGAGUUAUUUGUGUGUAAGUAAAUUAAUGUUAUCCUUGCGAUUGAUGCCCCAGUAAUUCUGGAUUUCUACUGAGCCCUUUCAGAAAUAAGAUCUUCAAGUCACAUGGCUACAGAUGAAACCUGACAACUUGAGACUUAACACAGCAAUGACACCUGCCUUGUUUUACUCAACAGGAUUGUUUCUUUAACCUUUUAAGUCUUUCCUUUGGAGGUAGGUUUUUCUUUGGGGGAGCUGCAGACAUUCUGGGAAGUCUUUUUAUAGCUACAAUGCGCAGGUUCUUCAUCUUAAGCCUUUUGGAGAGGGAUUAUCAGUUGAAGCUUAAGCCAGCUCUGAGAUACCAGGAGCAAGCGUCCAGCUCAGGUGCCUCUUUUCACUGCAGCCUGGCCUGACUGUUUUCCAUUUUGCAUCAUUUUGAUGUUACCUCUGGGAAGUGAUUCAGAACUCUCACAUCUGUUCACAAAUACUUUCUGCUGUUCAGUGCCACUUCAAAAAUGAAUUCAGACAGAACUAAAUCCCAGCCCGCACAUGACAGUAAAAGUUUGUCUAUUCAUUGGGAUUUUCAUCAUAAUGCAAAUGCUCAACUGCCUGGGCAUUGCUAUUACUGUAGGAAAGUGGUUAAGAAGUGGGAUGAAUUGUUCACAUUGGCUGUGUGAGAUGGGUCCAGUAAGCUUGACCACAAGCAAUUUGAGGACAAAGCAAAACAGAGGGAAGGGGCAUCAAGAAAGGUGCCAGCUAGCCAAAUAAUAUCCCUCUGUAAUCAUCAUGGUUGUAUACUGUUUGCAAAAGUUCACCUGGAAUUGGAAUCAACUAGGUUGAAUAUGUACAAUAUUUUUGCAGAUUCAAGUUGGUGGUGGAAAAGGAGAGAUGGGAGAUAGGCUUGACCUUUGCAAUCAUUUCAUAUUCAGAUAAUGUCUUUUUUUUUUAAACAUUUAAAUGGUAUUGAACAAGCCAAGUUUUCUGUUGUUUACCUUCUAAUCCCAAUUAUAUAAAUGUAAAACAUCUCCAGAAAUUAUAUUUUCAUUUUGGGGGAAACUUGAGGUUUGGGUUGUUUUUGGUUGUUUUUUUCUUAUUGCUUGAAGCCCAUCUGUGUUUUUACUCAGUUACCUGUGAAAAGUUUUCUCUCUGGAUUUAGACUGAUCAUUUUCCCAUCAUAUGUUAAGGUAGCCAUUUCAGUUUUUUGUUGUGCCUGAACUUAGUUGAAUUAUUACUCUCAUUUUAAAAUUAAGCAGUUUUAAUUUUCCUUUUCCGUUAAUAUUUAAGAUUAGACGUGGUUUUUAUUAAUGAUUGCACUUUGGGUCACACACACAAACAUAGAUAAGUCUGGGGAUGGAUUGCACUUCUGGGUUUUAACCUAGAGAGCCUGGGAUAGAGCCUAAGAUGUAAGAAGUGCUUGUCAGGGGCAGCUAGGUGGCGCAGUGGAUAAAACACCGGCCCUGGAUUCAGGAGUGCCUGAGUUUCAAAUCCGGCCUCAGGCACUUGACACUUAACUAGCUGUGUGACCCUGGGCAAGUCACUUAACCCUCAUUGCCCCGCAAAAAAAAGAAGAAGUGCUUGUCAGAAAGAAAAUCCAAUCCCACCUAGAAGACGACAUUCUUGUUUCCUCCACAAUUCUGUCUUGGAGUAAGAACAAGCUGUAAAGAUAUGAAGCAUAUUUAGGCUCUAAGAGACUAGAAUCUUAAAACAGAGAUUAAGUGUAAAUGAAUGGGCUGCCUUGUCUAGUGACUGCCUCUUGGCAUAAAAGGGAAAAGAGGCUCUCCCAAUCCUGUUUGAUUUUUAUUUUUACACAUCCCUUGCAUAUACCCCAGGAAAUUGUGUGAUCUCCUAAAGCCAUAGCUGAUUUUAAAGCAGACUUGCCAUUUUUUCCUGUUGGGAGGAUAUGAGACAGUCUUACUGAGUAAAUAAUUACCAACUACCCAAAUACUUAUAUAAGACCAACUUUUGCAAUAUGUAAUGGGCUCUGAAGGAGACAAAGCCUUAUAAAGAUUUCCUGGUGAGGUGAAUUAUCAUAAUGAAAUUUAGUUACUUAAGAGACUUACAAGAGAGAUUUUCAAAAUUAAGUGAGAUAAUGUAAGAAAGUAGACUGGUUUUUGUUCUAUAUAAUGCAUCAGGAUUCAUCUACAGAUAUAGAAAUAUUGUGUUAAAAUGUAUAAAUAUCACCCAAGAGGCUUUGUGCCCUAUAUUUUUAAGAUACAGAAUAGUUAUAUUUGUAAUAGCCAUUGCCCUAGUUCUAUAGGGUUUGGCUGUUAAAUAUUUUUAUGGAUGAAAUGUUUAGUUCCAGAAAAGGUUUAAAUGCUUGUAUAUAUUUUUGCAGCCUGGGGGGCUCCCUUAUUCCAUUUCUCCCUUUAAUUUAAGUGGCCACAUGUAUAUGUCUUUCCUGCUGUACUAGGGACCUGGGGGCUGGAUAUCCCAAGAACCGGUGGUUAUGUGAAAAUACUGCAGAUAUACAGGAAAUACAAAUACCUACCAGAUGAAACCUUACAUUUGGGUCCAAACUAAACAUUUGAAAAUAGGUUUGUUGUGUUUAAUUAGAGAGAUUUCUUAAAUCUUAACUAAAAAAUGCUUUUAGAAAGUCCAUUUUCUUUGUAAGCAUUAUCAAUGCUAACAGAUCCUGUUAAUUUUUUACCGCAUGUUAUAUUGAAAUAAAAAGGAUGUAAAAUAAGUGUUUGGUGCAUUAUUCUGUUCUCGAUGGGAAACUGGGGAGCACAGUCCUUGACAAGAGAGAAGGAUCUGGCCAGGGAAAUUUCUCUUAGAAAUUUUGGUUUGAAAACAUCAAAUAACCAAAUAAAUAAACUACUGUUCUUUCCUUAUAGGAUUUUGUGUUGGAAUAACCAAGACUUUUAAGUAUGUGGGACCUCAGAUUACCCUAGUAGAAUUC